CCAGCUACUCAUUACCUCGGCAAAAACCACGCCUAAUCCCGUCAAUGUGCCAAUUGUAGAUUUGUGAUUUUCGUAAGGUAUUCAUUACUCGCCGGUUAACAGAUUGUGCACAGAUUUUGGGCAAAAAUAUUUUUCACGAAGUACAGUUUAAUGAAAUUCUACACACCAUACUUCCGGCGAGUUUCUGUGCAAAUAUCUACUAGCCUUCAGAAAGGAUUAUAUUCUCUUUCCAUGCCGCGGCAUACAACUCGAAGGAUAUCGAAUACCAAGAAAAUGAGUGUCUUCACGCAGAAUUUGAACCCCAUAACAGGCACCACUUGCUGGGAAGAAAAAGAUCCUGAUUACGAUUAUCACCAAGAAGUUGCAAGAUCGGCAUUUGCCGAUAUGUUACACGAUCAUGAAAGGAAUGAAAAAUAUUUGGUUGCUCUGAAAGCGGCAAUAGAGAAAAAACACUCUUUGGGACAGAAGGCUCAUGUGUUGGAUAUCGGGACUGGUACAGGGCUACUUUCAAUGAUGGCUGCAAAGUGUGGGGCUGACACAAUCACUGCAUGUGAAGCAUUUAGACCAAUGGCGAAUUGCGCGGUAAAAAUUAUAGAAGGAAAUGGAUACGCUGAGAAGAUAAAACUGAUUUUCAAACGAUCUACCGAUAUUACUGUUGGACAAGAUGGAGACAUGCAACAACGUGCCAAUAUUUUGGUCACAGAGGUUUUUGACACAGAAUUGAUUGGAGAAGGAGCAUUAUCAACUUUCCAGCACGCUCACAAAGUUUUGUUGGAUAAAAACAGUAUAGUUAUUCCACAUAGUGGCAUAGUGUGGGCUCAAGUUAUUGAAAGUUCAACAGUACGUGGCUGGAACAGAAUAGACCCAAUCCGUAAUUCCAAAAGGAAUAAUAUUCUCGUGGAUACUCCAAUUUCUGCAAAAAUGUGUAGUGGGGUUGCAACAGUCCAUGACUUACAACUCAGCCAAUUACCAAUAGACUCGUUCAGGCGAUUGACUGAACCUCAAGAGGUCUGCAGAUUCGAUUGGUCGGGAAAAUCACCUUUGAAGCUCACAGAAACCUUCAGUCACCAAAUCAGGCCAAUUGCCACAGGCACCGCCCAUGCAAUAUUUAUGUGGUGGGAUUUGAAUAUGGAUACAGACGGGCAGGUAGUUUUAAGCUGCGCACCUGUCUGGGAGCAUCCGGACGUAAAAUUAGAAGCUGAAAAAGGCAGAAGUGUGACUGAAUUGAAAGAGAAGAUUCCGUGGAGAGAUCACUGGAUGCAGGCAGUUUAUUAUCUCUCUCCGGAAAUCCCAAUUUCAACUGAAGAAGAUGUUACCUUGGUUACUUCUCAUGAUGAAUACUCAUUCGCGUAUCACCUGGAUUAUUCACAAUCAAAGGUAGACAAUUCAAAUUACCAGAGGCCAAUCUGCGACUGUUUCCUCCAUUUGGCUUACUCCAGAACACGGAUAGGGCAGCUCAACGACAGCAGUCGUAACGCAAAGUACAUACAAGUGUUGGAAAGAAAAAUUACGCCUGAAUCGAUCUGCUUAUGUCUAUCUGAUGGCUGUUUGCUAGGGUUGGCUGCUGCUAAACUUGGAGCAAAGAAGGUCAUAAUUUAUGAGAGCAAUAGUUUAUCGCGCAGAGCAAUGGAAACGUACGUAACGGCAAAUAAUCUCUCUGAAACGGUGCAAAUUAUCACAUCAAAGAGUGAGCUACCCCCCGGAAACGAGGUAAACCUGAUUUUUGGAGAGCCCAACUUCGUGACUUCAAUUGUUCCAUGGGACAACAUAUACUUUUGGCAUUUGAGUUCAAAGUACCCAGAAAAUAUUGCUAGGAUACCAACCUCGGUUACUAUCAAAGCUAUAGCCGUUGAAUUUAAGGACUUAUACAAGAUCCGAGCGCCUCUGGGGAUUUGCGAAGGAUUCGACAUGGCUAUAUUCGACAAGCUAGUUCAGAGUUCAAGUGACAUAAGUGAUAAUCCCAUCGAAGCACAUCCCCUCUGGGAAUACCCGGCACGAGCUCUCAGCGCUUCAUUCACAAUCACACAGUUUGACUUUGCAAAAGACAUAAAUCAACAAUGUGGGAUCAAGCUUUCGAACAUUGUUCCCAUAUUGAUGCAAGGCCACUGCAACGGCAUUGCAUUAUGGGUUGACUGGAUUCUCGAUUCUACGACGGAAGUGACGACGGGUCCCAUACACGACACAAAUCCGGGUUCUGAUAUAUCCUGGGACCCGUAUACACGGCAAGGUGUAUACCUUCCACGUAAAACGUAUCCUGUAACGACGAAUAACUCUCUUGUAUGGUCCAUGAAUUUCUCUCCACUUAGUGGGGACGUGGAAUUUGGAUUUGAAAUCGUAUAAUUUUUUGAAGUGAUGCAAAGGCCAUGACUUAGCCUUUUUUAUCUGAAUUUUCUAUUUUAAUUCAUUUAUUGACAUGGAAAUCUAGCGCAUUGAUUCAGAAAUCACCUUGAAUAACAGAGAGUUUAAUAUCCUUCUUUCGUAAUAAUCCACCAAUUAUAAUUUUUUUAGAUUUUCCAUUGAAAAUCAAAACCUAGCUAAUCUUCAGGCAGAACACGAAGUUGUUUAGCUAGCCUUUUUCCAAUCAACUUGGGAUAUGUAUGUUGCUUUAUUCUCCACUCUUUACUUUGAUGUGUCACGGCACCAUUCUGAAGUUGAAAUCUGCAAUGACGACAAAUGGUAUAUAUAUAUCUGAUACUGUCAUUUUAAAAUAAAUCGACAAGCAAAAUA